AUGGCAACAUGCAUCCAAACAAUGGUUAUUGGCUAUAUUUAUCUUGCAUUAUUUCUCUCUUCAGAUAUUGGAUUUUUCCGAGGUGUUGAAUCAUUUGGCAUCAACUAUGGCCAGGUGGCUAACAAUUUGCCUUCACCAGACAAAGUCCUUGAAUUGUUGAGCACCCUUAACCUGACAAAAACAAGAAUUUAUGACACCAAUCCACAGAUUCUGAGUGCUUUUGCUAGUUCAAACAUUGAAAUAAUUGUGACAGUGGAGAAUGAAAUACUAAGCCAGUUAGAUGAUCCACAACAAGCACUUCAGUGGGUAAACAACCGCGUCAGACCAUAUCUACCUAACACAAAAAUCACUGGGAUUCAAGUUGGGAAUGAGGUCUUCACUGAUGAUGACACCACUCUUAUUCAACAUCUUGUGCCAGCAGUAGUUAACAUUCAUAAUGCUCUUGCUCAGUUAGGCUACUCUAACAUCCAAGUUUCAACACCGAGUUCCUUAGCAGUGCUUGAUCAAUCUUACCCUCCUUCAGCUGGCAGUUUCAAAAGUGAGAUAUCUGGGAUCAUGUACCAGUUUUUGAGCUUCUUGUCAACCUCUAAGGCUCCUUUUUGGAUCAAUGCAUACCCUUACUUUGCUUACAAGGAUGAUCCUAAUGGGAUUCCUUUGGACUAUGUGUUGUUCAAUCCUAAUGCAGGAAUGGUUGACCCCUAUUCCAAUCUACACUAUGAUAACAUGCUUUAUGCUAUGGUAGAUGCUGUUUCAUUUGCCAUUGCUAAAAUGGGUUUCAAAGGGAUUGAGGUAAGGGUCUCUGAGACUGGUUGGCCAUCAAAAGGAGACCUUGAUGAGGCUGGUGCCACACCACAGAAUGCUGCAACUUACAAUAGGAAUUUGUUGAGAAGGCAAAUGGCAAAUCAAGGGACACCCCUCAAUCCUAGAAUGAGGUUGGAAGUGUACUUGUUUGCGUUGUUCAAUGAAGAUUUGAAGCCUGGACCAACCUCAGAAAGAAACUAUGGUCUCUUUAGACCUGAUGAAUCUAUGACUUACAAUGUUGGCUUGUCUGCUCUUUCAACCUCAUCACCAUCAACUUCCUCGGCUUCAUUUUCUCUUGCCUCCUCUGGCUCUAGGAUUAAGGUAGCACCUAGGGAAUACAAAAGCCUGGUACAUUGGAUGCUUGUAUUUAUGUUGAUUUCAACCCUUUAUGGGUGAAGAAUAUCCCUACACAGUGGAAUUCAUGUCAAUACAGUUAAGUACAGUUGGGAUUUACUUCCUUCAAGUGGCUAAAAAGAGAUGCAGCUAUUAAUCAAUGACAUUCUGGAAUCCCAAGUUUGAACAUAAAAGGUAUCCUAUUUUGCAAAAAUAGAUACCAACACACUUUCCAAACAAUUGGGC